UCACGGUUCCUCAGAGUCCUAAGAAGGUCAAUUUGGUGGCUGCUUUAGUACGUGGAAUGCGUGUUGAGGAUGCACUAUUGCAAUUGCAAGCAACAGUGAAGAGAGCUGCAAAGACAUUCUACCAGGUUAUACACUCUGCCAGUGCCAAUGCAACUCACAACCAUGGACUCGAUCCAGACAGGCUUCUUGUUGCUGAAGCAUUUGUGGGGAAGGGGUUCUUUAAGAAGAGGAUAUCUUACCAGGCAAGAGGGAAGAGUGGGAUAAAAGUAAGGCCUGAGUGCAGGCUUACAGUGGUUUUGAGAGAGCUGAGCCCUGAAGAGGAGACUGAGGUAGCCAGGCUGAGAGUCAGCAAAUUCAAGAAGCUCACCAAACGUGAGCGUCAGCUCAUGCCUCACCAGCUCAUCGAGGUCACCCCAAAAUGGCAUCGCAAACCUAAAACCAUGGCCUAA